AGAGAAAUAUUUCUCCGAAUUAACCUCAAUCUGCCUCAAUAUUGUCUUGCUCGUUUCCGGAUCCGGAUUUUUAAUUUUUCAGUUAUUUCUUAUUCUAAUCCCAAAUAUUAAAAAAGCCUUUAAAAAGUAAGAGAAAAUGUCGGUGUGGAAAAAAGCUGCUAAAGCACACCAAAAGGUUCACAAGGAAAGACAUCAACCUGAAGAGAGGAAACAUUUAGGAUUGUUAGAAAAACAUAAAGAUUACCAGAAACGAGCUAAGGAUUACAAUGAAAAGAAAGAAACUCUAAAGAUUUUGAAAAAGAGAGCAUUAAAUAAAAACCCUGAUGAAUUUUACCAUCAUAUGAUAAAUUCGAAAGUUGAAAAUGGUAUUCAUUUUGAAAAAGAAACAGAAUCUGAAGACACACCUGAACAAACACAAUUAAUGCGUACACAGGAUCUAAAAUACAUUGUUACAAAAAGGACACAAGAGCAAAGAAAAAUAGAAAAAUUACAAGCACAACUCCAUUUAACUAGCGUUGAUCAUAAUGCAAAAAAUCAACAUAUCUACUUUGAUAAAGGAAAAUCAAAAGUGCAAGUGGAAAAAGAAUGCUUGGAAAAAUUAGGUGGCCAAGAACUUCCAGAGAUUGAUCCUGAAAUUUUACAAAAAUCCUCAAGAAAACGACAGAGCGUAUAUAAUGAGUUAUCUAAAAGAAUACAAAGAGAGAAAGAACUAGCCAUAAUCCAAAGAAAAAUUGAAAUUUCAAAAGCAGUGGAGAAUAAAAAGAAUUCCAUACCACCCAAAAGAUUGAAGAAAGGAAAGAAAUAUAAGGCACCGGUAUAUGUCUGGAAAUAUGAAAGAAAAAAAUAAUUGCUAGGUUUUAUUAGUUAAGAAAAUUGUUCGGAAAGUACAGGAUCAUCAGAUUUAA